GAGGGGGAACUGAGGGAGAGCAACCGCUGAACGGAACGGGAAUCCAAGUUUUUACACUUGACCCGUCUUUUUAAGUCUUUUUAUCUUUGUUUUACCUCAUCGUUUUUUCACUACCGGAGACGGGAAUACUGACUUUGUCUGUGUGUGUGACUGUGUGUGUGUUUUUUUAUUUUAAUUUUUAACUCUAUCGCCGACACUGAAACCUCGUUUGUUUUGGAUUAGCUAGCUAACGUUAGCUGUUUUCCCCCCGUGAAGCUAACGUUCAUCUGAGGAAAAGAAACGGGCGGCGUGGUGGAGAGUUUCCUCAACGUGCAGGUUAAACGUUAUUUUUUUGUUUUUGUUUUUGUGUUACCCCUUCCCACGGUGGAUGGGCGAGAGAAGUAACGUGUUACCUUCCCAACUUCUUCUUUGUUUUCUUUCCGUUUGCUCGGUUUCUGGGUGUUCGCUCGGUGGCGGCGUGGUGGUCAGCGAGGGUGAAGGAGUUCAGAGGAAGGUCGUAGUAGCGAGAGCUGCACGUUGUUCCUGCACGUAGCUGCUCCGAGGAGCUUCCUGGGAUGUGCUCCCAUCUGUCUUAAAACCAAAAAAAAAAAAAGGGGUGAGCUUAUGAGAACUAGCAGACGGGUAACAUAAAGACCUGUGGACUUCAAAGCAGACAGCAAACCCUGCCAACUCCCGGUCUUGGCUCUGCAUGUCGGCGACAUCCAGAACUUCACGUCUGCUGCAGGGACACGAGGAGCUUGUUUUUUAACGCCGUGCGUUGGAAGAAUACUUCCGACAAAUUGUUUUUGAAGUGGGUCUUCCCUCAUCGGAGCAGUGCAUUACAGAGAAAUGAGUCCGGGUCCAGUGGACCUCCACACUAGCCUGAUAAUCAUAAUAACACUGUUAUUUCUCUGAUUCUGUGGAGCCCCCACAUGAAACACAUGAACUGUCGCCUUCACUUAUGGAACAUGAAGAUCUUUACUCACACAUGUGUUGCCAGAUCCCAAGAUCACGUUAUUUAGUGGUCUGCAUUUUUUCCAGGACUCGCAUACAUCACAAACUUGUGCUGGGAAGAUACUAGAUGUAUGACUCCCCCCCCGGCUCACGGGGGGCAACGUUGAAGGCGAUUAUUGGACCUUAAUUUUUAAAGACUUUGUUCAAUACUUUUGAUAUUCCAACGUCUUUUUUCUUUCUUCAAAUAAACAUUUCUCCCUGAAGAUAAUUUUUGGGAAGCUUCAGGAGGAGAGCACAACUUAUCUGCAGGUCAAAAUGAGACGCUGGACGCUGAAGCUGCGAGCACAGGUCGUGUUUCUGAUCAUCGGCACCUGCAUCAUAUGCCACUGUGGACUAAUCAAUGGAGAGAUCUGCCAGAGCAAGGACAUCCGUAACAAUGUGACCAACCUCCAGUCGCUGGAGAACUGCACCAUCAUCGAGGGCCACCUGAAGAUCCUGCUCAUGUUUAAGACCAAGACCGACGACUUCCGGGGCCUCAGCUACCCGAAGCUGCGAGUGGUGACCGACUAUGUGCUGAUGUUCAGGGUCUACGGCCUCGAGGCCCUCAGCGACCUCUUCCCCAACCUGACGGUGAUCCGCGGAAGCAACCUCUUCUUCAACUACGCUCUUGUGAUUUACGAGAUGCUGCAGCUGAAGGAGGUGGGCCUCCACAGCCUCAUGAAUAUCACCCGGGGCGCCGUGAGGAUCGAGAAGAACCCAGACCUGUGUUACCUGGCCACCCUGGACUGGUCCAAAAUCCUGGACUCGGUGGAGGACAACUUCAUCGUGGCCAAUAAGAAUGACAGAGAGUGUGGAGACGUGUGUCCCGGCACGGCCCAAGGUCAGACCACCUGCCAGCAGAACACCAUCAACGGACACUUCAGGGGACGAUGCUGGUCGCAGAACCACUGCCAGAGAAUGUGCUUGGACAACUGUAAGCACAGUGCGUGCAGCCUCCAGGGCCAGUGCUGCCACGACCAGUGCCUGGGCGGCUGUUCUGGGCCGGGGAAUGCAAGUAGCUGCGUGUCCUGCAGGAACCUCCAACAUGGGAGUACGUGCGUGGAGAAGUGUCCUGCUGGGUACUUUGUGUUCAGGGGCUGGCGCUGCAUCAGCUUCUCCUUCUGCCAGGAGCUUCACAACCAGUGUAAGCAGACUAAGAAGCUGAACCAGGACCGGGAGUUGGGCUGCUACGAGUACGUCAUCCACAACGGGGCCUGUAUUCCAGAGUGUCCUUCUGGAUACACCACCAUCAACUCCACUACGUUGACCUGCUUGCCAUGUGCGGGCCUGUGUCCUAAACUGUGUGUGGGAAACAAGACGAUCGACUCGGUGACGUCCGCUCAGGCUCUGAGAGGCUGCACUGUUCUCCACGGCAACAUGAUCAUCAAGAUUCGAGGAGGGAAUAACAUUGCUGCUGAGUUGGAGGCUAGUUUGGGUCAGCUCGAGGAAAUCACAGGAUGCCUGACUGUUCGCAGAGCGUACGCCCUCGUCUCCCUCUCCUUCCUCCGCAAACUACGCAUCAUCAGGGGGGAGCAUCUUGAGGGAGAUGUCUUCGCCUUCUAUGCGCUGGACAACCAGAACCUGCGUGAGCUGUGGGAUUGGUCCAAGCACACCCUGUCCAUCCCUCGUGGUCGUACCUUCUUCCACUACAACUCCAAACUUUGCAUGUCUGAAAUCAGGAAGAUGGAGGAGGUGACGGGAACCAAGGACCGCAACCAAAAGAAUGACAUCGCCGUACGGAACAACGGGGACCAAGCCUUCUGUGAGACCAAGCUGCUGAAAUUCAACGUGAUCAAGACCUCAUCGAACAUGAUCAUGCUGAAGUGGGAGCCCUUUUGGCCGUUAGACUUCAGAGACUUGCUGGGCUUCAUGGUUCUCUACAAAGAGGCGCCGUAUAGGAAUGUGACAGAGUUUGAUGGGCAGGACGCGUGCGGCUCCAACAGCUGGGCCAUCGCUGACGUGGAUCCUCCGUCUCGCUCCACGGACAGCAAGAAGGCGGAUGACCCGGGACACCUGAUCCGCCCGUUGAAGCCCUGGACCCAGUACGCCAUCAUGGUCAAAACCCAACUGUCUGCAUCCGACGAGCACCAGGUUCAUGGAGCCAAGAGCGAGAUCAUCUACGUCCGCACUAAUGCCUCCAAACCCUCUGUGCCUCUGGACCCCAUCUCCUCCUCCAACUCCUCCUCUCAGAUCAUCCUGAAGUGGAAGCCUCCCACCAGUCCCAACGGCAACAUCACCCACUACCGCGUCAUCUGUCGAAAGCAGGACGAGGACAGCGACCUCUACAAGUUCGACUACUGCCUACAGGGAAUGAAGCUGCCGUCUCGCACCCCGACUCACCUGGACAGCGAGGAUGAGCAGAAGUGGAACCACACGGACGAGCCGACGUCCGGCGGCAGGUGCUGCGCCUGCCCCAAGACAGACAACCAGCUGAAGAAGGAGCAGGAGGAGAUAGAGUACCGCAAGACCUUCGAGAACUACCUCCACAAUGAAGUCUUCGAGAGCAGACCCUCUCGUCGCCGACGCUCAGUGGGAGUUGCCAACUCCACCCUCCCCGCUUUCUUCCUCACCACAGCCCCCAGUCUGGCGUUGGGCUCCACCACAGCCACGCCUGAAGACGAGGACGAUAAGGAAUCCAAGGUGGAGCUGAAGGUGUUCUUAAAGGAGUCCGCAGUCAUCUCCAACCUGCAGCACUUCACCAGUUAUAAGAUCGAGAUCAUGGCCUGCAACCAUCCCACAGACUUCAAACGCUGCAGCAUGGCUACUUACGUCAGCGCUCGCACUAUGCCAGAGGAGAAAGCAGACGACGUCCCCGGCCCUGUGACCCAUGAGAUCGUGACCGCCGAGCCUCCCUAUGUGUUGAUUAAGUGGAAUUCACCUCGCUCGCCGAACGGCCUCAUCAUCCUGUAUGAGGUGUUCUACAGGAAGGUUGGAGACACUGAGGUUCACACAGCUUGUGUGUCGCGGCCGGCCUACCUCAAGUCGGGCGGCACGAAGCUUUCACUCGUGCAGCAUGGAAACUACAGCGUGAGGGUCCGCGCCACCUCGCUAGCAGGAAACGGCUCCUUUACAGAAACCACUUACUUCUUCAUGCCCAAUCCCGAUCAAGGUUUAAUAUGGAUUGUGAUGGGUCCCGUCAUCUGCUUCAUCCUGCUGCUGUUUGUGGGCGGAGGAGUGUUUGUGAUCUUCAAGAAGAAGCAAACAGAAGGCCCGACCGGACCUCUCAUCGCCUCCUCAAACCCAGAGUACAUCAGCACCAACGACGUGUAUGUUCCCGACGAGUGGGAGGUGCCCCGGGACAAGAUCACAGUGCUCAGAGAGCUGGGUCAGGGCUCCUUCGGCAUGGUGUACGAGGGCCUGGCCAAGGACAUCAUCAAGGGAGACCCGGACACAUCCGUCGCCGUCAAGACGGUCAAUGAGUCGGCCAGCCUGCGCGAGAGGAUCGAGUUCCUCAACGAAGCCUCCGUCAUGAAGGCGUUCAGCUGCCACCACGUGGUGCGUCUGUUAGGCGUGGUGUCUAAAGGGCAGCCCACCCUGGUGGUGAUGGAGCUGAUGACUCACGGGGACCUGAAGAGCUUCCUGCGUGGGCUCAGGCCGGACUCUGAGAACAACCCCACAGGCCGUUCCCCACCUACGCUGAAGGAGAUGAUCCAGAUGGCUGCAGAAAUUGCAGACGGCAUGGCCUACCUCAACGCCAAGAAGUUUGUCCACAGAGACCUGGCAGCCAGGAACUGCAUGGUGGGCGAGGACUUCACCGUCAAGAUUGGAGACUUUGGUAUGACCCGAGACAUCUAUGAGACGGACUACUACCGUAAAGGAGGGAAGGGCCUGCUUCCUGUCAGGUGGAUGGCUCCAGAGUCUCUGAAGGACGGAGUCUUCACUGCCCACUCUGACUGCUGGUCAUUCGGUGUUGUGCUCUGGGAGAUCAACACGCUGGCAGAGCAGCCGUACCAGGGUCUGUCCAACGAACAGGUUCUGAAGUUCGUUAUGGACGGAGGUUACCUGGACCGGCCGGACAACUGCCCCGAGAGGAUGCACAGCCUGAUGCAGAUGUGUUGGCAGUACAACCCCAAGAUGCGGCCGUUGUUCCAGGAGAUCAUCGAGAUGCUGCGGGGGGAGCUGCACCCGUCUUUCCAGGAGUGCUCCUUCUUCUACAGCGAGGAGAACAAAGUCCCGGAGACAGAGGAGUACGACCUGGACCUGGACAACAUGGAGAGCAUCCCUCUGGACCCGUCUUCAUACUCCCAGAGGGAGGAGAGCUCGGGCAGGGACGGCGGGCCCUCGGUGGCCCUCAGGGGGAACUAUGAGGAGCAUGUCCCCUACACACACAUGAACGGUGGCAAGAAAAACGGACGAAUCUUAUCGUUGCCCAGAUCCAGCCCUUCCUAACAUUUCCUGUUUCCUGAACCCCCCCCUCCACAUCCUUCUUUCUCUUUCAGUCCAUUCUUUCUGUAUCUCAUGUUCCUCAUCGUUUUCUAAUGAUUGUUCUUAUUCUUGGAGAAGCCCUUCAAAAGAACCCCACACAGAUCUCAGGACUUUUUAUUUCCCUCCUCGCGGCUGCCGCACACAGGCAAGCAGGGGACGCACACACUCUUUUUUACAACUUCCUCCACAACACAUCAGACUUUCUAUACGACCUAUCUAUCGUUUCUCACUAUUGCCACGUUUCCAGGACUCCUCGUGACGGAAACAGAUAGAAAAACUGUGAACACGACAAACCUUAGACAACCCAAGGAGGCUGCUUAUGCUCAAGACUUGUCCCCUCCUGUCCUCCGCCGAUCUGCAUUUCCACAUCUCUGUGCUUUGCUGUUGUCUUUCUUUCUCCAAGUGACAUCUUGUUGCUCAGAUCGAUCGUGGCCUUUUUGUACGUGGCCUAUAAACAAAGAGAAGCGUCUGUCUUUGGAGCGGUGGGAUGACUUUCAAAAGACUCGAUCCUAGAACAAACAUCUAUUCCUAGAGGAAUGUUUUCUUUUCUUUCGGUUCUGCAGAAUUCCAAACUACACACAGAUUCAUCGGGCGUUUGGUGAAUAGUUUUAAUUUAUUUGCUUUUCUUGUUAUUUCCUAUUUUCCUCCGUUUUAUUUCUGUGUCCUCACUAUACGGCUGAAGGAUAUUUAAACAGUUAAGAAUUGGACAAAAGAGUUCCUCAGACUGACCAAUAGCUGCUGCUUUGAUAUAUUUUAGUGGGUAUAGAAAUAUAUAAAUAUAUAUAAUAUAUAUAGUAUAUAUGGAAUAUUGGUGUUUAUGUACCAAUAUCUCAUAUAUAAUAUAUGACAUGUUGAUGUUUUUGUAAAUAGUUCAUAUUUGUAAUAUUUUUCAUCAGAAGCUUUGCUAGUGUUUUGUUUUGCCAGGUUUUUUCUUUCUGGGUUUUUUUAAUUUUCUUAUUUUUAUAGCCCCAGAAAUCACACUAAUGUACCAUCAGUGCUCUGCGUGUCUUAGGCCUCGCGCCGUCGCGGUUCUCCGUGCGCGUGGGGAAAAGAGAAAGCCCCGAAAUAUUGUCAACUCACUGCGUCAUUGUUUUUAUAACCCUUGCCCCCGCUGAGAGCUGUCAAUAUUUGGAGGCAACUUUACUUCAACAACGAGAGAAAAGAAGUCAACGAAAUAACCAAAAAGAAAAAAAGCUUUAUCAAAAGGGGGAAUGAGGUCUUUCAAGGCGGACGUGCACCUGAUGUGUCCGUGCACGUCUGCUAUCACGCGUCUUCACCUGAUUCUACUUCCUGAUGUUGUGACGUGAUGCUUCAGCUGUGCAGGUGCUGCGUGGAUCAGGGCGGGGCGGCGACUUAAAGCGGGCAUAUCGUGACAAACUCAGUCGUGUGCACACACAUCUGGAUGUCUGUCGUGCGUUCCAACACACACACUGUGAAAUCAGACUUGUGCGAGCUGCCCAGGCAACAACCUGCCCAACCUGCAGUUCAUCAAAUGUCCACUGGAGGCUCCACAAGGAAACAACCUCCACAGACCCUCGUGUUAAAGCGAGGGACUUUACAGCCGGCGUAAACAUUCAAAAAAUGGUUUUGGUCUCUUUAGCUCAUUCGUACUGUACGGGGCGGGGGGGGGGACCUUUAUACAACUCGCAUGUUUUAAUCACGUUAAGGCUUAAAAUGAGGUUCGGGGUGUGGAGGCUUUGAGUGACAGGUUCGCUGCAGGCGGGAGUUAGACGCUGGCGACGGCCAGAGCCUUCUUUAACGCCAGCUCUCAGCCAAAUGCAGGAAGUGGAAGCGAUGAGGUGAUGACGAGCACUAAACGCUCUCAUGCGUCGCACCCGGAGCAGCGGCCUCACACCUGAGCUCAGGUCAGGACCUCGUGUUACACGGAAGGUUCUCUUGAAUCCCUCUCAUCACGUUCCCCUCUCAUUGUUAGGUUUGCUCUGCACUGACCACGCACGCACGGCCUCCCUGCACGCUCUCUCCCUCCCGAGGCUUCCUAUUGGCUGCCGAACUCACUGCUCAAAAUCAGGCCGUUGGAAAUUUCCACCUGUUUUUGCGGCCGGCGAGGCUGCAGAGUCCACGGCAGGCUGAGGAGAGAGUGUGUGUGAGUGUGUGUGAGAGAGUGUGUUAAUCCUGUUAUUCUCUCUGCUAUCACAUGCAGUCAGGACACGGUGUGCAGCAGCUAUUUCACUCAGGUCUGACAUUCCAGGAUUUAGCCCCCCCGCCCUCCCCGGUACCAUCACCACACCCCAUCAGAUUCAGAGCACACACACACACACACACACACACCUCUUAAUAAUGGAAUCUCUGCAGUUUGUCCCGCCUGUCGGGAAUCAGAAACAUUCCUGUCCAGCGUGCCCUCACACGGAGCUCCAGAGAGCUGCUGACCCUCGUCGUGUUCCUUAAGAUCAUUCAUUCACUCUGACCUUCAUUCUCUGCGUAAACGCUCCUCUCGCUCUCCGAGGAGGAGACGGACACACACACACACGCACGCACACACACGUUUGGUUGCGGAUCUCUCCGAACAGCAUUCAGCUCUUAUAGUUCAGCCAAAGUCCGAAUCAGAGAAAGCAGAGAAGCUGCCUCCAUAUUUUCCCAGUGCCUUCUCAAACCCAGAGCCACGUCCAGGCUAGUUCUAUCGGCUAGUAACACACACACACACACACACACACACACACACACACACACACACACACACACACACACACACACACACACACACAGGAGAGACAUAGAUAAUGGAAGCUGCGUCUACAUCUGUGUUUGUAGGAUUUAGUUCUUCGCUGGAAGAGAAGUAGAAAUCCUUUCAGCUUGUUGCUGCAGUUUGAACACGGACGUCCUCGUGCUUCAGCGGCGACGCCGUGGAGUCGGAGGUUAUGAGGUUAUGAGGUUAUGAUGUAGAUUUUAGCUAAUUAUUCUGAGGAGUUACAAUCUUGGGCUUUUGUACUUUGUAAAUGAUCUGUGACAUAGUUUGUAACAUAAAAGAAUCUGAUGCCCGUCAGAUUUGCGUACGCUGGACCUCAGCUGUGUCGCAGCUCCACACGAUGUACCGACACGUCAGCUUCACAGUAACUGUUUGUACACACGACCCCCCCGUUAGGAUUAGUGUGCCGUUUGGACGCGGGACGUUGCUCUCGUCUCCACCUCGACCUAGGUUUGCUUAUCUUGUGGUGGUCUUCACACGCAUAUGCAAUUUUUAAUUAAGAUGAUGCCCAUAUCUUUGAAAUACCAGAUAUUUAUUUUAUUAUGAUCAUUGUCAUUGUAUAAGAACACAGUUAGCUUUUUAGUGGAGCGUUUUUAAGGUGUUUGAGAGUGGAGUCAUGUAAAAGCCUAGUUUGUUAUUGUGUACAGGUGGAGCCGCACGAGUCAGUUAGUGAGUCAGUUAGUGAGUCAGUUAGUGAGUCAAUCAGUUAGUGAGUCAGUUAGUGAGUCAGUUAGUGAGUCAUCAGUUAGUGAGUCAGUUAGUGAGUCAGUUAGUGAGUCAAUCAGUUAGUGAGUCAAUUAGUGAGUUAGUUAGUAAUUGUCGUCGUCUUUGUGUUUGGCCAGAGUCUACCUCAGUGCAUAUGGAGGAAUCAGUCUAAAGAGCCUAAAUCAUCCCGUCAGUCUCUCGAUAUCACAUCAUUUGAAAUAAUAUCACUUUAUCGUACAUUACCAACACUGCUGAUGAAUUCCUUUGGUGUAUUAAACCCUCCUCGUGUCCCGGGGGACUUGGUUUUAGAAUGAAGGGAUAUUAUACUUUCUUUAGCCCUCACACUUAUUAAAUGUGGAACAUCAGUCGGUACCUUUAUGGACAGUUUAUCCUUUUCAUUGUACAUUUGAUAAGAUGAGUAACAGCGGGCUUCCCCCGGGCUUCCUGUUCCCCUUCACACACACAAUCCUCUGGACUGCAUGUCGUAGCGGCUCCACUGGGUUCUGGGGACGUGACGUUAGCGUGAGUAAAGAAAAUGCUCUUCAUGCAUAUCUGUGAUCACCUUCCUGCAGCCGGGCUGACGCCCCUGCAGCCUCGUGCUUCUUUAGAAGCGCCUCCAGACUCCAGCUGCUGUCUGGCAGGACGCUCUUCUUCUUCUGUCAGUCAGCGUUCAUCGCGUCUCCUCCGCUCGUUGUCGGUUUAUUCGUCUGUUCUGAUUUCUUUGUUUUGUAUGUAUAUUUUUUCUACUGUGAAUAUCAAGAGAUGACCUUUAUUUUCUGUCAAUGCCAUGGAUCGGGUCUGUUUUGGCUGAUCAGGAAACUGACAUCUGGGCUGGUUAAAGUUUUAAAGAGGAGACCCCCCCCCUCCCCCCUCUGCAAAGAAAUAUAAAAGCUGGACUGGGACAAUCCUGUGUGCCAUAAGAACUAUUAACAUGAAAUCUAGAUUGUACGUUUUCGUCUCAGGGAGGCGGCCUGAUGCUCUGUGGUUGGAGGAUAACGAGGACGAGGAGGAGCUACGUCUCGACCUUUUAUCGACUCUGACAGCAGCAGAUUCUCAGCGUCCUUGCAAAAAGCAAAAUGGAGAUGAUAAGUCCAAGGACACGUUUUCAACAACAACAACCCAAACAUCCUUUUUUCAUAAAUCUGAAAUGUGGAAUCCUCCCGACUCUGUGUGGCGUGGUGUGGACUGCCCUCUACUGGCUGGACGGGAGCAUUGCAGGUCAGGGGUGGCGAAGCAAACAGGGCCCCCCGACCCAUAGUGCCUUGCUCAGACUAACGGCCCACCUGACCCCUCCCACCCAGUCCACGCCCCUCAGAGCAGAAACCUGGCUCCACCAAUCACUUACUGUUCUUUAGUUGCAGAGUUAAAAACCUUCUCGCUGUCAUUUGAAUUCUCCGACAGUUGAACGUGUGUCUCUGCUCCGCUUCGCUUUGUGCAUGGAAAACAUUAUUAUCUAUUACCAGCGGAUCAUUUGAUGCUUUACUGAGUUUGCUUCUCAUCAUCGGUCUGUUCUGACAGCAAAAGCCCCACGAUUGGGGGGGUUUCCAUUUGAAAAGCAUUCAGUUGUUCGGUGAUUAAAAAGGAAAAUGAUUGAACUGAUUAAUAAGCUCUUAACUGUAAAUAGCAGCAGACCCCCCCCCCCCCCCCCCGGAAAGCGAAGCACUUGAUUUUUAGGGAAGUUUGGGUUUGUUUUGUUGACCUCUGCUGACCUGAGCGGCGGGGGGGCAGAGCGUGCUGGUGACGCAGCGCAGGGUGAGAACAAAGCAUUGUAUGUAUUAUUGUUUUAAAGAAAGUAAAAAGUAUUACAUUUUAGAGAUGUUGAUUUCUAUUUUUUUUAGCCAAAGUAUGGAGGGCAAAUACAAUUACUUUUUCUGACUGUAAACUUUUACUACUCUUGUACAUUAUGAAUUUAACAUUGCUAUCAAUGUGUAUAUAACUUUUUUCUAAAUUUAAAAAGAUAGAUUUUUUUUUGUUGAUUUUUUUCACGACACGCAGACGAGAGCGAGUCGACGUGUUUCACAGUCUGAGGGCUGACGCUGCGUACGGGACGUGAGCAGUGAACCCUGCUCUUAAUCCGAUGCAUGUUCUGAAUGUCGUCAUGCAUUUCACCCCCCCCCCCUACACCCAGCCACGGCAGCAUGUCACCCAUAAAGCCUUUCUUGUGUCACCAACAUGCCACCUAUCACAGAUUGUUGUUGUAUGAAAUUGUUUCUGACGUGUUUAGUUUGCAAAUGUGUUUUGUUUUUCUUUUUGUAUGUGAGAAACUGGAAAAGACCACUGCACAUCCUUUUUGAAGAAGAGGAAACAUGAGUGAUACAAUCCUGAAUAAGCUAAAAGAAAACGAAAAAUGAAAAAAAAAUAGAGACGAAAGCGGGAAAACUUUACCGACGGUUUAACAACUAAAGCUGGAGGUGUUGUGGGAAGAGCUCGGCAUUCUGGGAAACUCGCUUAUCUUCUACGAUUCAGGUGAGACGUUUGUUAGCGUCCAGUUAGCGUUAGCUUAACACAGAGAAGCAGCCCCUUUAACUCUCACCUGCAGCUCCUUUAUUUCAUUUGUAAAAACCAACAUUUGAUGUUUUUCUUGCUUUGGAGAAAAACUUUCCAACAGUUUCCAAAGUUACCUCGUGGUCCUGACAAAAGAAAGCGCCCCUUCAGCCAAGCUAAGCUAACCGCUAGCUGUAGCCUUUACAUGUAACACACAGAUAUGAGUCUCAUCUCCAGGGUUCCCGCGGGUCCUUCCCUCCUUGAAAGUUAGUGAAUUUAAAGGUUCUUCUACUUAAAUAAGUUUCUGAUAUAUUAAACGAAGCUUCUAAAUAAACUAAAUCUAAAUAAGUAACAAAGUUUCUCGAGGAAUCGGUUCUAACUCGAGACUCUCAGUUAAAAAACGUAAUUAACUUUGAUCCGUGUCUCAAACCAUUCUGUGUUGGGUGCUUGAAUUUGAGGAAGUUGGGCCUGGAAAGUCCUUGAAUGUGACGUUUCAGAGCGUUAGGGAUCCCUGCGUCUACCUGCCACCAACUGAAGAAGCAAAUUUCCCAAAAUGCCAAGCUGUUCCCUUUCUAAGGAGGCUCGGCAUACAAGUGAAACCCCUUCAGCUAUGAAUGAUUAAGUACUGUCUGUCAGUCGUGUGAUGAUGAUGUUCAUAUUUGUGUUUUUGAUUAGGGAGAGAGACGCCAUUGUUUUAAGAUGAGGCGGCGUCGCAGGUGUGGCGACGCCGUUUGUUGGAUGACAAAUCUGAGGAAAAAUCCUCUUGUCAGUCCAGUGGUCUGCUCCAGUUUACACGCCAACACCUUCUAUUUAUCUGUCCUGUUCCCCGUGCGUCGUCUGAAUCGACGGAGUUGUGUCCGUGUCGUCCUCUGUUGAAGUCUUCACCUUUCUGUCUCCUCUCUGUGUCCUUCAAGUCCUUCUCUCCUCAGUGCACAUAGGUGGUCCCCAGAAUGCUGUGUGUAGUCUUGCAGGAUACCUCUUUAUUAAUGUCAUUCAUUGCCGAUGAAUAUGCUGAUGUAUUAAUUUUCGUGAUAUGUUGUGUAUACAUUAUGUUGAGACAUCGGUGCGUAUGCAGACAGCAGGUGUAUAUGUGUGUAUGUACAGUAAAACCCCCGCAACCCACAGAGAUCGCUUCAUCCCUCACACUGGAUCCAAAUGUGCCAUUAUCUUUAUGUAUCACAUAUAUCAACACACACACACACACACACACACACACACACACACACACAGAAAUACAUGCAUAUUGUACAGGAUCAAAAAUGUGCCAUGACUAAAUGAACGCUUGACAAUUUAUUUUUUCUAUGUUUUCAAAGGAGAGCCAAGUAGUGACAUGUACAGAAAAUGUUGCAAUGAUAUGAAAAUAAAAAUCUUGCUGUGUGUAAAUUAUUCAACAAUUAACUGUUUAUAUUAAAAUUAUGAAUAAAAUUAUUGGAGAAUA